GCCAGUUUCCACUCAAAAACUUGAACCUGUCUUCUCCUUUUUUUUUCUUUGAACAGUACUACUGGACUCUUCUCAUCCAUAUUUCUCCACAGGCCAACCAUCCAUCCGUUUAAAUUCGCAUCUGUUCUGCACUCAUCCCUAAACUUCUGGGCACCUCCUAGGACAAUCCAGUUGACUGUCUCGUGACACCGCGCCGGAGUGUUAUUCCGGCCAAACCUUCUCCUUUAUAUACGUGGACGUGGACUAGAACUGCGUUGACAGUCAACAUUCACACACCUCUCUGCCUCCAACGUUAUUCUCCGCCAAAAGCUGUUCGACCGUGGAGUCAAAACCAGUCAAGCAUUAGUCAAACAUUUGAAUAUCGCCAUCCGGUGCUUUAAAGCAUACCGCCAAGUUAUUUCUACUCUCGUCUUCUUCUCCUCUCUCUUCUCCAUCUGCAUCAUGGGCACCAAAGGUCGCGAAGUCCCUCGUGUCGUAUGCUGUGCCAUCCCAUUGGCAAGCACUUCCGGAAAGGUCCUUGUUAUAACAAGUCGCAAACGACAAGAUUUAUGGGUUUUGCCUAAAGGAGGUUGGGAGUUGUCGGAUGUUACAUUAGAGAGGGCAGCCUCGCGGGAAGCCUUAGAAGAAGCGGGCGUUCGAGGCAACAUAACUCGAUUUGUGACGACGAUCAACUCGCCCUCAACAACAUAUCACUUUUACGAACUCGAAGUCACGACUCUCGACAAGGAUUGGUUAGAGAGCCGGGAGCGGAAAAGAGAGUGGGUGGAUUAUGCCGAGGCGUUGAAACGGAUCGCAUGGAAGACCGAGCUUGCGCAAGGGCUUUCCCUCUCGUCGUUGGCGCCACGGCGGUAGUCAAGGCUGUCCUGCUGUGGAGACCACACCGCCACUUACAGGAGAUGAUUACCGCCAAUGCGGUCCACGAAGCUCAACCACGACAAUGAAUCUGUCUGUCGGAUACAGAUCGCUAAUGGUUGCAAAUUGGCAUGCUUAGAUCAUCGCCGUCAUCUAUACUUUACUCGUCCCACUUUAACGAUACCACCCUAUCCCAGCAGUACUGUGCUCUUGUUUUCACACUUUCCGCAUCACAACCCACUCCACUCCACUCCACUCCAUCUGGUCAUUCUACGUGCAUAUCUUGCUAUCACAUGUACCCCUUAUUCAGCCUCGUUGGCAACGUCAUCCUCGGCAUGCCCAUCAUUCGUCGUGGUAGACUUCAUGUUCGCGGACUUUGCUUAGUAUUUUAUCACGCUAUAGAUGUAGUUAGCUUUUUCAUCAAAUAUCGGCGUUCGCUCAUAUAUGCGUAUGUUUG